CAGUUCAGAUUUUAGUUCAAUGACUUUCCAUUUGAAGCAACGCAAAGUUUGUUUACGAUUUUUAUUAGCGAAUUUCUAGUUGUAAACUGACGAUUUUUCCGCAUUAAUUACCAUGAACUCUGCAACCAAGGUUGGCGAAAUUUUCACACAAGCUGGGGCUGCAUUCAAUAAAUUAGGAGAGCUGACCAUGCAAUUGCAUCCCACCGCCGAUUCGCCAUCCGGGAGCAAAUGGACAGAUGAAGAAAUCGAAAUGCUUCGAGUGUCGAUCGAGCGGUUCUGUGACGAUUUAAACAAAAUCAGUUUAAGAAUAAAGGGCAGAACAGUGUCACAAAUACGACAAACGCUGAAGAAAAAGACAUUUGAAGAUGCCGGCAUUCCGGUGAAACAGAUUUCCGUUCAACCGCAACAGCAGCAGCAACAACAACAGCAUCAGCAACCGCAACAAGUUGUAACCGCUCAAAUCACUCAAUUUCAGCAGAUCCAAUCCAAUGACAUCAUCAAACAAGAGCCCGAGGACCAAGGACUGAUGAAGAAAUCCGCCGAGAUGACAUUGAAUCGCUUGAAUACGAUACAAGACACCGAAGUCGAUGUGGAAGGACUAUCAUCCGAUGUGAAAUUAGAGUUCGAGGCAACGGAAGAGGUGGCCGGAUGAAAUGAAAUUGACUUUUCGUUUAACUGAAAACCGACCAACACAAAAUGAAGACAAAAUGUGAAUAAAAAACCGAUUUAUCCAACGAA